GUCAAUGCACUUCGGAAACAUCGGGGUUCAGGGACGAUUGUGUCUCAAAUUGCAUAAGUUUGACUCGUUGAGCCUUCUGUCCGGUUUCCUCGUCUGGACAAGGAAAGUGUGAAGAAAUGGAAGAAUUUUGUCUCAAGCCGCUUUCCACUUCUAUAUUUCUUGUGGGCAAUGGGCAUAGUUGAGUAGACUGGUGUCUAGCUUUUGGGUUUCUUGGCGAAGCAAACAAAUGGCAGACGCUGCUGUGGGAGCACUGCUUGGAGAGGCAUUUUCACAGUUGUUUGCAAGAGUUGAGGAUGGGGUAAACAAAACCCGUAUGUUCGAAUCCAUUCUCAAACGCCUCCGAUCGAGGCUAGGUACUCUGAAGCCGUUGGUUGAGCAGAUAAGCCGUUUAAACAGAGAAGUGGGUCACUCAGAAGAGGAAACAAAGGGCUUGAUCGAACAAAUGAAGAAGGGAGCGAAGCUCGUUUCGAAGUGCUCGAAAAUCCGUUGGUGGAACUACUGCAUGAAAUCCCAGUACGCGGACAAACUCUGCGAGUUGGACGAGGAAAUUGGCAGGUUCUUUCAGUUUGAUUUGCCGGCAUCGACUGCGAGGAAUGUGUUGGAGACUUUGGUGAGGGUGAAUACUAUCGGUGAGAAUAUGAAAUUGGUGGUGAGGAAUGAUUGGGUGUCAUGCGCUGUUCCCCGACCCCCUGAAUUUGUUGUCGGGUUGGAUGUGCAUAUGAAGCAGUUGAAGAUGCUGCUGCUGAAGGAGGAGGUGUCGAUGCUUGUAUUGACUGCUCCUGGGGGAUGCGGGAAGACCACGUUGGUGAAAAUGCUUUGCAAGGAUAAGGAAAUUAAAGACAUAUUUAAGGAGAACAUUUUCUUCGUCACCGUCUCAGAAACUCCAAACCUGAAGGUCAUUGUAGAUAAACUAUUUCAACAUAAGGGUUCUCAGGUGUCUGGGUUUCAAACUGAAGAAGAAGCAAUCAACCAGCUGGAGCUACUGCUGAAUCAAAUUGAAGGUUCUAAAUUGUUGAUUCUGGAUGAUGUCUGGCCUGGAUCAGAAUUCCAUCCUGAGAAGUUUAAGUUUCAUAUGCCAAAUUACAAGAUUCUUAUGACUUCAAGAGAUGCAUUUCCAAGAUUUUGCUUUACAUAUAAAUUACAACCAUUAAAUGAUAAAGAUGCAAUGACUCUUUUUCGCCACUCAGCAUCCCUGCAGGAUGGAAGCUCUUUGAUUCGAGAUAAAGAUAUCAAAAAGGUACUGAAGGUCUGCGGGGGGUUCCCUCUGGCCCUUGAAGUGAUUGGAAGAUCACUCUGUGGGAAGUCAGCAGAGGUCUGGCAUAGUUGGGUGAAGAAAUGGUCUACUGGUCGUUCUAUCCUUAAUUCUAACAGACGUUUGCUUGAUUGUCUCCAAAAGAGCCUAGAUUUCUUGGAUGAUGAGGUCAUCAAGAAGUGUUUCCUGGACCUAGGAUUGUUUCCGGAAGACCAAAGGAUCCCUGUUGCUGCCCUCAUUGACAUGUGGGCAGAAUUAUACGAACUAGAUGAAGAUGGCAUUGAUGCCGUUGCUAACCUACAUGAACUCACUAGCCGGAAUCUGGCUAGUCUUGUGGUGGCAAGGAAAGAUACAAGUGAUCAUCUUCGUAAAUACUACAGUGAAGACUUUGUCUUACAACAUGAUCUUCUUAGAGAGCUAGCUGUCCAUCAGAGCAGCCAGGAGCCAAUAGAACAAACGAAAAGACUAAUUAUUGACAUAAGAGGAAACAAUCUUCCCAACUGGUGGAUGGAGAAGCGGCAACCUAUCGGCGCACACCUCUUGUCUAUCUCAACUGAUGAAAUGUUCUCAUCAAGUUGGUGCAAUAUCGAACCAUCCGCAGUUGAGGUUCUAGUUCUGAAUUUUCAAACAAAGAAUUACAAGUUACCCGAGUUUGUGGAGAAAAUGUAUAAAUUAAAGGUUCUGAUUGUCACGAAUUAUGGUUUCUUUCAUGCUGAGUUAGGUAAUUUUCAGUUACUUGAGUCUGUACCCUAUCUAGAGAAAAUCAGAUUAGAGAAGGUUUCAAUUCCUUCCCUUUGCAAGGACCCAAUACAAUUGAGAAGUUUGAAGAAGAUAUCCUUGUUUAUGUGUAAUAUAGGUCAGGCUUUUAAGAACUGUACUAUCCAGGUUUCAGAUGCAUUGCCAAAUCUAAUGGAGAUAAACAUGGACUAUUGUAAUGAUCUUGUUGAAUUGCCUGUUGGGCUUUGUGAUAUUGUUUGUCUUAAGAAACUUAGCAUCACCAAUUGCCAUAAGCUGUCUGCACUGCCUGAAGAGAUAGGAAAGCUGGAAAAUUUGGAAGUGCUAAGGCUGAAGUCCUGUACUGAUUUGCCAGAGUUGCCAGAGUCAAUCAGAAGCCUUCAUAAGUUAAGCAUUCUUGACAUAUCUGACUGCCUAAGCAUUAGGAAGUUGCCAAAACACAUUGGUGAGUUGCAUAAUUUGAAGAAGCUCCACAUGGAAGGGUGCUUGAGAUUGCGUAAUCAUUUUCCACCAUCGACUUGGGAUCUUGAUCAGUUAGAGCUUGUGACAUGUGAUGAAGAGAGGGCCAAGUUAUGGGAGCCUGUCAAGGACUUCCUGACCAAUCUACAGGUAGAGGUGGUUGGAAAAGAUAACAACUUGAAUUGGCUUCCCCUACAAGAUUUCUGAGAACUGUUUUUGUUUGGAAAAUGCGGAAGGUAUGAUAAAGUAUCUGUAGAAUGGUGUAAUCUGUAGAACAUGAUAUAAUUGUUGAUGAGAUUUAAUGAGUUUCUGCAGAAUAUAAUGGAAAAUUCUGCAGAAGGUUAUUAGAGAUAUUUGUUGUUCUGGUUGUGUGGUUGUUUGGGGAAUUGUGGUGAUAGUGAUCUAAUUGGUCUUGCUACUAUCUGAUGGAGAGUUGGAAGAGUUAAGAAUGGAAUGGUAACGUUGUUUGAGAUUCAAUGAUUUCUGGAGUUAAAAUAAAUUUCUGCAGAAGAUUGGAAAAGACAACUGAUGGAUGCAUAUUACUGCUAGUUGCCAGAUUUUUGUUUCUAUGACUGUUUUCUGUUGCUGGUUGUACAAACUACGAAGUGCAUGUAUGGCUGUAUAGGGGCUUGUUGGGAUAGUGUUUGUUACCAUCUGAGGUCUCUUUGUGUUUCAACUGCUAUGCUGAAGAGUUGUAAUUGCUUGUUUUGUUAAUGGAAAGCUUAUUUAUUAAAAGAAUAAGAAGGCAGGAUUAAGUAUAGCA